AGUGAACAUUUCGAGAAUAAUCGAGAAUUGAUACGCUCAAAUUUCGCAACGUUUACCGCCGUUGCAAAAAUGAGAGGAGAUACCGCCGAUGAGCUAAGCCGAAUUCACAACGCCGCGAUGACCGCCGUGAACGCGCAAGAGAGCAUCGGAAGGCCAUUGGAGAGCCACGGAAUGGACCUCUUCGACCAUCUCGUCGUCGAGCUAUUCGACUCGCGAACCCGCCUCGAAUGGGAGUCAUCCAUCUCCGACCCGCUCGAUCCACCCAGUCACAGCACGUUAAUGGACUUCAUGUCCAAACGGAUACUCACACUUAACGCCGCUAAACCAAAGAUAACUACUAAAGGCAGCGCUGAUCCACCGCGUUCCGCGAAAAGCCACUUCGCCAAAUCCGAGGCGUCACGGUGCGCUCUGUGCAAGGGCGCUCACUCGAUCGGUAAGUGCGUAGAGUUCAAGGCCAAGGCAGCCGUCGAUCGAAAAUCGUUCGUGGAGUCCAAUCGUCUGUGCUACAACUGUCUCGGGCAUCACUUGGUAGCAAAGUGCACGUCCGUACGAAGGUGCCUCUCGUGCAACGUGAAUCACCAUUCCCUGCUUCACGACGCGGAGACCCCUGCGAAACCGCUCGAAGCAAGCUCACUUUCCGUCGUACGAUCAGCAGCUGAUAGCAAGGCGGUCCUUCUCGCGACCGCUCGCGUCUCUAUCGCCGACCGUUACGGGGCUCCACACGCUGUGAGAGCCCUCGUCGAUCAGGGCUCAGAGGUGUCGUUAGUCUCGGAGUCUUUGGCGCAACGACUCCGCCUACCGCGAUCCCAAUCCACCACGUCAAUCCUUGGCAUUGGUGACACACGAUCGGGAUCAACUCGCGGCAAGGUCACUCUGCGCCUCACCUCCACAACGACCGACACCACCAUCACAGUUCUGGCCUUCGUGCUGCCUCGAUUGUCCGCGUAUCGCGGCACCACCGCGAAGUCAGGAGCCACGUGGUCUCAUGUUAUGGGACUUCCGUUGGCCGAUCCUCAGUUCUUGAGCAACGACCCAAUUGAGCUACUCCUAGGAGCAGAAGUUUGUUCGCAAAUCCUUGAGGAAGGUCUGCGAAGAGGCGACGCUCACGCCCCCAUUGCCCAGAAGACGUCUCUGGGAUGGAUCUUGUCUGGAGGCACCAGCUCAGCGUCGUUUCAUGGCCACCUCAAGUCGCUUCAGUGCACGGCUGAUCACGAGUUGGUUCAGUUGGUGCGACGUUUCUGGGAGCUGGACGCAGAGCCUGCCACCCCCUCCCCUCUCACUCCAGAAGAAAGCCAGUGCGAGGACGUGUUUGUGCGGACCCACAAGCGUGCCUCCUCGGGGAGAUACACGGUACGACUUCCAUUCGCGACCACACCGUCGGCGUUAGUCGAAACUCGGAGACCAGCCGAGAAACUCUUAGUGGCGAUGGAGAGAAAGUGCAACAAUGAUGCGGCAUUCGGUCAGUUGUAUCGCGCCUUCAUGAGAGAGUAUGAGGACCUGGAACACAUGGAGGAAGUAGCAGAAGUACGCAAAGGCGAAGCCAAGUGCUACUUACCACAUCAUGGAGUAUUGAAGGAAGCCAGCGAGUCCACCAAGCUGCGAGUCGUGUUCAAUGGCUCACAACGCACCAGCUCUGGUGAGUCUCUAAAUUCUCACUUGCUAGUGGGCGCCAACCUCCUUCCAGCUCUGUCCGACGUGCUUAUUCGCUGGCGCUGCCACCGAUACGUCUUCGUCACCGACAUCGCGAAGAUAGAGUGCUCUGGCGUCACGAACGUACCGGGCGACAUACGCGAAUACCGCCUAAGGACAGUGACGUACGGCCUCGCGUGUGCUCCAUACCUCGCAAUCCGCACCUUGCGACAACUCGCCGACGACGAGGAAGCCCGAUUUCCUCGGGGCGCCGAAGUGCUCCGCCACGACUGUUACGUGGACGACAUCAUGUCCGGAGCGCAAACCCUCGCUGAAGCGAGAACAAUCCAAACCGAACUCAACGAGCUGUGCAUGGCGGGCGGGUUCCCGUUGCGUAAAUGGGCCUCAAAUCACAAUGAAAUCUUGAGCGGGAUCCCCCGCGAACACCGUAGUCACAACACACCGCUAGCAUGGAACGACAGUCAGUCUACACUCGGUUUGCGAUGGAAUCCUGUCGGCGACUACCUCGCUGUCGCAAUAAACGCUCGCACUCUCCGCGAGUUCACAAAGAGACGAGUCCUGUCCGAGACGGCCCGUCUAUUCGAUCCGCUGGGCUGGCUGGCCCCGGUCGUAGUCCAAGCAAAGGUCCUCAUGCCUCAGAGCGAGCAUACGCCGCGGUGGUGUACCUCCGCACCACGCACCAGUUCACCUACUCGCGGCAAAGAGCAAACUCCAACGAUCUUGUGGUCCGAUUCAAAGGUCACCCUUCACUGGAUCAAGGGACACGUCAGCCGCUGGAAGACAUUUGUCGCCAAUCGCGUGUCGCACAUCCAGCAGCAGCUUCCAGAUGCUCAUUGGAGACACGUCCCGGGUCGAGACAAUCCGGCCGACUGUGCCUCCCGAGGGGUCUUCCCAAGCGAGCUCAAAGGGCAUUCACUCUGGUGGUCGGGUCCUGCGUGGCUCCGAGGCAGUGAGCUCGACUGGCCAAGGGACGCCUCCGAGAUCGUUGAGCAUGACAUACCGGAAAAGAGGGUGACGGUUCACACCGCAUGCGAAAGAGAUGCAGAGGAAUCCGACAUACUUCUGCGAUUCUCAGAUCUACACAAGCUCCUUCGCGUCACGGCAUGGUGCCUCAGAUGGCGAUCGAGACUGAGUCGCACUGAAGAACCAUCCGACUCACUUCUUCCAAGCGAGGUAGAUGCAGCACUUCACCGAUGGCUCACUCAUGUGCAGGGAGCACAUUAUGGCAAAGAAGUCCUGACACUGAGAGCCGGCCGUACCGUACCGCGACGAAGCACGUUGGCGGCACUCUGCCCGUUUCUUGAUCCCGACGGCGCAAUUCGAGUCGGGGGCCGACUCAAGCAUGCUGUUCUCUCACAAGACGAGCGGCAUCCUCUUAUUCUCCCAGCUACAUCAUGGUUAACGCGACUGGUGGUGGAAUCCUGCCACCGUCGAACGCUACAUGGUGGAGUGCAGCUCACCCUGGGCAUGCUUCGCCUGCGCUUUUGGGUGCCCCGAGGACGGUCCGUCGUCAAGCAGGCGCUGCAUCGGUGUGUGACAUGCGUGCGAUGGCGAGCUGCUACGCCUCAACCUAUAAUGGGUGACUUGCCUCGAGAACUAGUGACGCCGUCUCGGCCGUUCCUGCGAACCGGAGUCGACUAUGCCGGACCGAUCUUCACCCGGACUAGCAAGGGACGCGGACAGAAAGCGCACAAGGCCUUCAUCGCGGUCUUCGUCUGUCUCUCCACCAAAGCGGUGCACCUUGAGUUGGUGUCGGAUUACACGUCGGAGGCGUUCCUAGCAGCGUUCCGACGGUUCGUUUCACGACGAGGUCUGAGCACCGACAUGUACUCCGACUGUGGCACCAACUUCAUCGGGGCCGACAAAGAGCUCCGACGCUUGUUCCGAGGCGCGAGUUCCGAGGGACGCAACAUCGUCAACAGUACGGCAUCCGAAGGAGUCACUUGGCACUUCAACCCUCCCGCUGCUCCUCACUUCGGGGGUCUCUGGGAGGCAGCGGUGAAGUCUGCUAAACACCAUCUCCGACGAGUUAUCGGAGAAACCACUUUAACCUUUGAGGAAAUGAGUACUCUUCUUUCGCAAAUCGAAGCGUGUCUUAACUCACGUCCGUUGCAGGCUCUCUCUGACGAUCCAGACGACGUAUCAGCUCUGUCUCCGGGGCACUUUCUCAUCGGGGCCCCACUCCUGGCCGUUCCUGAACCAACGCUGGUGGAGGCCCGGGAAAGCACCCUGUCCCGGUGGCAGCACGUCCAACAGAUGCGGGAUCAUUUUUUGCGACGGUGGUCCUGUGAGUAUCUGCACAGCCUGACAUCACGUCCAAAGUGGCAGGUACAAGAUGCGGCCCCGCACGUUGGAGACCUGUGUCUGCUGCGCCACGACGUCACCAACCCGGUGGCCCCUCGCACGGAUUACACGACUACACCCGGGGGACGAUGGCGUAACUCGCGUUGUCACCAUCCGUACUGCUGCUUCCGAAUUCACUCGGCCGCUGGUCAAGCUUGUGAUGUUGCCUCGGGUGACGAACUCCACAGCACAGCCACAGCCACAAGACGC